AAAGUAAUCCGCUACUUUAGCGGGAAGGAGUACUAAUAUAGAGUGGGAGUGGCACAACAAUCCCCAAUUAGCUAAUCUCUCUUUUAAACGCUUCUCGCCGUCUCUCUCUCUCUCUCUCACAGAAUCCGCGGAUCCAUUAACACCAGCUACAGACAAUUGACUGCUCUUUAUUUUACUGAUUCUCCUCACAUUUAUGUGAAUUUGGCCGUUUACGGCGUCCAGUGUUUAGCUUAGAAAGAUGGUGGCGGCGGGGCGGUGGCUGGAAUGCAGAGGCGACCUGUUGGCGGAGGGGGCUAAAUCGCUGCAGCUUAGGCUGAGGGACCGUUUCAGAGUUGCUGCGGUGGACUAUCACCGCCGCCGGAACUUGAGGACUACCAGCGCCGGCUACUUGUCCUCCAGCGUUCAGCGCUGGCUCGAUCGCUUCUCCGAAUUCCGUCGCGAUUCUCUGCCUUCAUCUUCCACAUUUUACCGCAAAAGAGUGAGCAAGGAUAUUGAUGCAGAAGAUGAGUCAGUCUUGACCCGCAUGCUUCAGGCUGUUGCUGUUCCUGUGCUUGGAAAUGUUUGUCAUGUUUUUAUGCAUGGCCUCAACCGUGUUCAGAUAUUUGGUGCAGAGAAGCUGCAACAGGUGGUAACACAUAGGCCAGAGAACAAGUCCUUGAUUACGGUCAGCAACCAUGUUGCUUCCAUGGAUGAUCCUUUGGUUAUCGCUUCCCUGUUACCCCCUAGUAUUUUGUUCGAUGCUAAUGGUUUGCGGUGGACACUCUGUGCAUCUGAUCGAUGUUUCAAGAAUCCAGUUACAUCAGCAUUUUUCAAGUCUGUGAAAGUGCUUCCAGUUUCUCGUGGGGAUGGGAUAUAUCAGAAGGGAAUGGACUUGGCUAUAUCCAAACUGAAUGGUGGAGGGUGGGUUCACAUAUUUCCUGAAGGUAGUCGCUCUCGAGAUGGUGGGAAAACUAUGGGAUCGGCCAAAAGAGGCAUUGGAAGGUUGGUAUUGGAUGCUGAUAAUACACCUAUAGUUGUCCCUUUCGUGCAUACUGGAAUGCAAAACGUCAUGCCCGUUGGAGCCAAAUUUCCUAGGGUUGGUAAAACUGUGACUGUACUUGUUGGUGAUCCCAUUAGCUUUGAUGAUAUAAUCAGUGACGGAGCAGACAAGAACAUGUCAAGAGGAAAACUCUAUGAUGCUGUUGCUACUAGAAUUGGUGAUCGACUCCAAAAGCUGAAGGUACAAGUUGAAACAUUAGCGAUUGAGCAAGCACUAGAAUUGGAAAAAUAUCCGUCACGGGUGACUGAGCGAGCAGCUAGGCUCUUGCAAAAAAUCGACUGGGAAUCACUCGGGAUUGGAAGCUACAUGGGUCUUGAUGACAACCCAGCAAAGCAGGAACCCAGUGUAGCUCAGCUAUACCCACAAGAGAAGAGCCAUGAGGAGCAGUGCUUCGGAGGAGCGGGCUACUCUGCUGGAGGCGGGUUCGUUUCAAGAAUACGAGGCUACAUGGACUCGACAGAAUUAACAGUUUUUGGUGCUAGAGGUUUGUAUACGAAUCAUAGAAGCAACGAGUAUUUUGGUAGUUUGCGCGAUGUUACGCCUUGGAAGGCAUGGAGGUCGAUGUAUGGAAAUGUUCACUUUCCUCCUAACUCAGGCUUCGCUGUUUAACGUUGUAAGUUGAGUUCCCCUCCGAAUUCCACCAAUUUUGUUUAUUUGAUGCCACUGAAAAUCCACAAUCCUGACUUAUCUUCUUAUCUGCUGCUAUUUUGGCACACUGAUUUUGGGGUGUUUGUAUAAAUAAAGAAUAACAAGUAGACUUCAAUUACUAA